GUAAACCCCUGUAGCAAGGUUCUGGUCGACAGUUAUCUUGCAUUCGAUUCAGCAUUUCAUUCCAGUUUUCUGCUCCACGUAGCGUCAGUUUUAGUUGCACGUUCGCUUUGCGUAGUUUGUUCGACCGCUCGCGUGCUCAUUCGUUUGUUUACGCUCGCAUCGAUCGUUCGCGUUGUGGUUUCGUACGUACGUUAGCAGCGGGCAAAACCUCGACACAACAUACCCGUCGGGUUGAAACAUGCUUUCGCAACAUGAACCAGUCGGGCAGUUGUGUUUAAUUUAAUCGGUCGUAUACAAAUAGUGCGAAUGUGAUAACCGGAAGCAAACAAAAUCGUUCCAUCACAUCAAUCGAAACUACUGAAAUAGGUCUGCUGUGGGAGACCAACUCAUUCGGUUGUGCUAGGAAAAAAAACAUCUUCUGCUGGAUUAUCACCUCGCCAGCAGCAACGUCAACAAGAUCAAAAGGUAGCAGCCGUGCUGCAACGGUUUGUUAGCCGGAUUAGUGCAAACAAGAAACCAAACGAGGGAAAUAACGCAAACUGAUAGAUAAUAAUUGAAUUGGCACCACCACGCGCAGACUUUGCCAGUGUGAAGUGCAUUCCAACCCGGGGCGGGCUGCACCGGUGUGCAUUAUCGGGAAAUGGGUAUUGAUGCAACUGGGUGAUAGUAGUGUUUUAACAGCAAGCAUCCGUCAUCCACCGCGUUUUGGACGAGUUCCUACUGUGCACGAACGGCGGUGUACAGGUUCAGGACCGACGCACCCGAAGAAGCUGAUAGUGUGAAGUGUUAAAAUUAACGCCACUCUCGUUCACCGUCAAUUAACAAUCCCUUUUUUUCUGCACUGGUGUAUGUGUGACCGGUGAGUUUGGUCCGUGUGUGUGUGUGUGUCUUUAGAUGUGCGAAGUAUGGAUUGGGCGAGUGACGAGUGAGUUAUGCAACUGUGCUGUGUGCUAGAAAUAUACAUAUUGUGAGCAAAUAUUGUCCAAUGCACUUCACUUCGGUGCUCCGUUUUUUCAAUUAGCCACAAUUAGCCGGGCCAGCCAGAGGAAGCCUCUUCGAGUCUUAUCGCUAACGAGAAACGGUGUGGCACCGCAAGCAAAACUACGCCAUUUGAUAGCAAUUGUGCACAAUUAUCGGCCGAGGGUUUUGUUUUUUGCAGAGGCCCCAUCAGCAGCAGCAGCAGCACCAGCUUUGAAGUGGAAAACGAGUCCAAUUCUUCCUAGCGCACCAGGUUCCAGGUUACAGUUCUGCACCGUAACCCAUCCUUAGGAUUGUGCGAGUAAGCAGGAUCACUGGGAACGCAUUUUUUUGUUUGGGCAAAGACAACGGGAGCGCCCACCGAGUGCCCCUGUUCGAGACACACAACAGGAGAGACGCUCGCGCACAAGUGCGAGCGCGUAAUACCGGUUCAAAAUUUACAACAUCGCACGGCUUGCGAACCUAGAUCAGCCCAGUCGACCAAUGGGCAUAUCGGACGAGGGUAACCGGCUGGAGGAUAUCGGACCCCAUGAGGCACGGCCACCGCAGGGCAGUCCACUGGAGCGCAGUGCAAGCACGGGACAACUGAUGGGUAGCAGUGGCGGUGAUCCGAACAGUCCACUGUCGGAUCCACACAGUGACGACGGUGGGGAUGAUUUUACGCCAAAGAGGAAACAGCGACGGUACCGGACGACCUUUACGAGCUUUCAGCUAGAGGAGCUGGAGAAAGCUUUCUCGCGCACGCACUAUCCGGAUGUGUUUACUAGAGAAGAGCUAGCGAUGAAAAUAGGACUGACCGAGGCCCGAAUACAGGUUUGGUUCCAGAACCGAAGGGCGAAAUGGCGCAAACAGGAAAAGGUCGGACCGCAGGGACAUCCGUACAAUCCGUACCUGUCCGGUGCGGCCCAAGUCCCGUCGGCAACGGUCGUCUCACCAUCCCUACCACCCAACCCGUUCAGCCAUCUUGGAUUCAACCUGCGCAAACCGUUCGAUGCGGCCAGCUUAGCCGCGUUCCGUUAUCCAUCGCUUGGCGCUAGCCACGUGUUACCCUCGGCUUACUUCAACCAGUUCCACCGUGUCUCACCGUUCUCUUCCUUCGUUGACGAAUUUUGCAGAGCGCCACCGCCACCGUUGUUACCGCCGGGUGUCGGUACGCUCUAUACACCGACCGCCUCCUUCCAGACGCUGUUGGCAAACAUUUCGGCAGCCCAGCGUGCACCACCUUCGAUGCCACCGUCAUCGAAGCCACCGCCGUCCGGGGUGGAUUAUAUGGCGCCUGGGCCACCGAACAUUCCAUCCGGUCCCGUUCCAACCUCGCCGGCAUCGCCACCCAUCUCGCCGACCGCGUUGCCACCCGUUAUGCCAGUUCCUCAGGCCGCAUUACAACCGCCGCCACAGCAUCCACCACCAUCGGGUUCCGCGUCUCCACCGCAGGCCGAUCGCCGCAGCUCGUCCAUCGCUGCACUGAGGCUGAAGGCACGUGAGCAUGAGCUGCGAUUGGAAAUGUUACGCCAGAACGGGCAUAGUGAUAUCUUAAGCUAAGGAACCAAGGCCACAUAUCCCACCACGAAGCCAGCCAGAUAGCUCAUAUACUCUUUAGACGAAGCAGUACCAUCCGGCCUCUACCUUCCGCUCCAAUGAUGAUCGUUCGAGAUCGUUGUGCACAAAGAUCAACUAAUUAUUUUGUAUUUAUGCGACGGUAUUGCCAAAACGAAUUGGAAGCGAACAAAGAGACAUUGUACGCGAUAGAAUAAGCAAGAGAUUCAUCUCCAUUCUUAAUCUCCAAAGCUUUGGAGUUCAUUCUGGUUCAUUAGGACACUCAAUUAAUCAAAUUAGUCUGUUUCGAGCAACACGCACAUCGGUCAGCAUGAUAAAUUAAGUCUUCGCCACAAACACCCGUAACACCGAUCCGGCAAUCAAACAAUCCCGAUUCGAUCCCGCGUCUCAUGUCUGACGAAUUGUCCCGUUCAAAGGCAAGAUUUCUCGUAAGACACUCCUAUAAUUACUCGCCACAUUCCUUCCUUGUACCCGACACUGUGGUAGCCGCCGGGGGAUAUAUUCGGGCUUCUGUUUCCAACUGUGUGCGUGCCAUCGUGGCUAGCGUGACAAACGUCAAGCAGUGGUCACUUUUUGAUCCGUCGAAACCCGCAAAUUGCCACAAAUUACACAACAAAAAACACGAUGCUGCCUGGGUCCCCUUCAACACACGUAGGACACACGAAAAUAAUCUUCGACGAAAACAAAAAAACAACCAGAAAUUCCCCCCUCAAACGUUUGAUUUCGAUGAAACGUCAUCCAGACACGUCACGUAUCAAAAUGUGAAUGAAUGAAAUUCUAAACUCUGCCCCCAUUGCCGGCUCCAUCUCUACACACCGAUCGUCACCUUGUGCCGAAACGAGUUACCUUGAUGCAAAAUCAUCAUUAUACAUCCUCGGAACUCGGGCGCUUUGGUGAUGGCGACGUAUUUUUCAUUCGCAACGUGGUGAUUAUAACCAUUAUCACCAUGCGAGACUGUGUGGCCAGCGGCAGCGGGGUUCUUUUUUGUGUGUGUGCAAAACCGGAGCAAAAAUAAAUUCAACCUCCCCUCGGGAAAUGUAGCUUCUGGUUUUCCGCAUUGAUGCACGUCCCGGAAGCAAGCUGCACACGCUACGAUCGGAGCGAAAAAGAAAGGGAGAGAGAAAACGAUCAAGCGAAGCCGUACCGGGAAGGUGAUAGUGAUGUUGAGUUAAUUUUCAUUUCAUUCUAAACAACCAAAUUUUUGGGAGGAUUGGGAGAUUAGUGUUGAGUUUCUUAAGAAUCAAAAGGAUUAAUGAAUGGAGAAAAGCGCUCAAAUGAGGAUCCAGAAAAAAACACACGCACACAGAAUGAUGAUAAGUUACGAUAUAAAUUAUUGUUUUCGAAAGAAUCGCAUAAAUCACCGUGAAUUCGUUUCAGGAAGGUUUGAAAUUGUUGCGAAGAAAAUUAUGCAAAACAAAUUGGCCUUAACAUAAAAUUGGUUUAAAGAAACUUUACUUCCUUCCUUAUCGAAUUGAACAAAAACCCCUUAAAGGUGCGACAAACCCUGUAAGUGGCAAUGCUUAAUUUUUUUUUGUACUUAACUAAAAGAAGGUUAAUUUAAGAAAAUAGAUAUAAAUUUAAAGCAGGUGCUGCCCUUCCCUGUAUAAAACGUCUUAUAUUGAGGUCUUGUAAAUAAUGCAUACAGCAAAUGUAUCACAUUAGCAAAAACAGAAGCAAUAGAAUAGCAACACAGAGAACAUAGAAACUUGUACCAGUUUUAGAAUUAAUAUCAUAAUAGCCGUUAUUGUAGCCGGUUUGAAAUGCGUGCGCAAAAAACGCACAAUAAUGCAAUGAUUAUUAUACUACUUUCGUUUAAAAAAAAAUGUACAUAGAGUGAAAUGUCACGCGCCUGGUUGACAGUAGUAGGACAGUAAGUUGUUUUUGAUUGCUGAAAAAAAUAAACUAUUUAAUGACCACAAAUGUACAA